AUGUCCACUCAAGCCUCUGGGACAUCCACCUCCGUUCUCGAUGCACAGUAUUCACUCUCUCGCACCCUGCAAGACAAGUCCGAAACAUCCACCGCGAUAGUGAACACAGAGAAGACACCAUGCAGUGUGGAGAAUGGACAGCCAUCGGGCCAGUGUACUGUGGAGGACAUGAAGACCCCUCCGUCUUCAGAAGAUGAGUACUUGGUCAGCCUGGAUGAUGAGGAGGAUCCCAAGAAUCGUUCAACCGCCCGGAAAUGGGUCAUCGUGCUAGUCAUUAGCUCCGCUGCACUGUGUGCUACCUUUGCGUCGUCAGUGGCUGCCUUCACGGAAGCAGGGCUUGCAGAAGACCUGCAUACGGUCCACGAAGUUACGAUCUUGAGUAUCAGUCUGUUUGUGAUGGGACUUGGCGUAGGUCCCCUGCUAGUCGGUCCUCUAUCCGAAGUGUAUGGACGGAACAUUAUUUAUCGAAUAUCCUACCUGCUAUUUUUUGCUUUCACGUGGCCUAUCGCUUUCGCUCCAAAUAUCGAGGUCUUCCUGGUAUUUCGAUUUAUCACCGGUUUCUGCGGCUCAGCUUUUUUGAGCGUCGCAGGAGGUAGUGUGACUGAUCUCUUCGUCAAUGCGAAAGUCGCAUCUCCCAUGGCGGUCUAUACUAUGUCUCCGUUCAUUGGUCCCGUGAUCGGGCCCCUAAUUGGAGGCUUCAUCAACCAAAAUGUUUAUUGGAGGUGGACAUACAGGGUGCUACUCAUGUGGCAGUUCGUAGAGAUCAUAUUACUACUGCUGCUUAUUCCCGAAACAUAUGAGCCGCUACUCUUGAAGUCCAAAGCUCGACGUAUGCGCAAGGAGACGGGCAAUGACAAAUAUUAUGCACCUCUCGAUCGGCGGGAACAGAGCAUCUUCAACGCAAUCUUGUUCAGUUGCUACACACCCUUCCAGCUCAUAUUGUUUGAUAGAAUGGCACUUGCUCUGGAUACAUGGAACGCACUUAUUCUCGGAAUACUGUAUCUUGCCUUCCAGGCUUUCCCCAUAAUCUUCGAGGACUUACACGGCUUCAACUACCAAGAGACAGGACUGUCGUUCCUUGGGAUUGGGGUAGGAAUGUUUGCAGCUCUCGCGACGCAACCAUUGUGGAAUCGUUUCCAUCGGAAUCAGACGAUCAAGUACAACGGGCCUCCUCCACCGGAGACCCGCUUGGUCAUGGGCCAAUGGGGUGGGAUCUUAGCACCGAUAGGUCUCUUUUGGCUUGCAUUCACAACAUACAAGCACGUCUUCUGGAUUGCACCAAUCAUCGCGUCCGUUCCUUUUGGCGCCGGGGUGUACUUCAUCUUCACGUCGACGUUCACAUACCUCGUCGUUGCUUAUCGUCCCAUCGCGGCGUCCGCCAUGGCGGCGAACAGCUUCCUGCGGUCUACGUUCGCUGCCGUAUUCCCCCUAUUUGCCACCGCGAUGUAUCAUAAGCUCGGCACUGUCGGUGCCACGGCGCUUCUGGCGGGCCUGUGCACUAUCAUGGCUCCUCUUCCAGAUCCAAAGCAAAUUUGGGGACAGCGUUUGACCGGCGAAGCUGACAGAGCAGCAUGGACAUUGUGGAUAGAGGGCCCGACCUCUCCGACAGCGCACUCGGAGGUGCUCGGACACGAAGAGCUCAAAACUGCCACUGCUCUUCCCACGCACUGCACCCCCGUCCUCCUCAACAUGUCGCUCCUCGCUCGCUCCAGCGCACCCCUCCGCCAAGUCGCCCGCUCGCGCCUCGUCGCGCCUUCCCGUUCCGUGCACAGCGAGUACAAGCAUUUUCCGUUCGAGUACAACAACAGAGGCGCCUUCGCCACGAAACUGGCGGUCUACCUCAUCGGUGGGUUCAGCAUCCCCUUCGUUGCUGCGUGGUACCAGAUUAGGAAGUCCUCUGGCGCGACGUAA